AUGAGAAUCGGUGGGACAUGGAAUCUCGCCAGCAAGGAUGUCCAGUCGGUGACGUGCUCACAAGAACUCGGGAAUGGGGACAGGAAGCUUGGAUUGGCAAAAGCUGCGCUCACAGAUUCUGUGCGCACGGUUACGACUGCAUUCAAGGAAAUCGUGUCGCACACUGUUGUGGCCCGAUACCAAAUUUCAAGGAGAAGGUGUACCCAGAAAACGACAAUUCCAUCAAUGGUGGUGGAUAUGCAAUCGCCAAUCCUAGGCCAACUAACGGGCGACCAUCACAAACCCAGGUACCAGCAGCGUCAUCAGGCAGUAACUCGGAAGAAUCUAACGGGUACCGUCGACGUAAGCUCCGCAGGCAUUAGUAUUAUAAGUAGCUUGGCUUCUAAUAGUAAUGAAGUGAAACGAAUAAAGUGUUCAGAAAAAGUUUAUAAGUGUUGUGAAUGA